GCCAUAUUGGAACGAGGCAGAGGACAGGAGAAAGACGGGGGUAACGUUUUAAAUUUACUUGGAAGAACUAGGAAAAGUUGGAUCAAAGUGGUUUUAGCUACUGCUAAUACAGUCUCCUGGGUGGUGUUGGGAACACAGUGGGGGAAUCAUGAACCCAGAGACACAGGGAUCUGGCGGCUCUGAACUGGAGUCUGACUUCAACUGGGAUGAAUAUCUGGAGGAGAAUGGAGUAUUGGCGGUUCCACAUCACGCCUUCAAACAUGUGGACCGUAGCCUGCAGACAGGGCUGGCUCCAGGGAUGAGUUUGGAGGUGUGUGUGCGUUCGGAGCCUGACCAACCCUACUGGGUGGCCACCAUCAUCACCACCUGUGGCCAACUGCUGCUGCUGCGCUGAGGUUACCACGAUGACCGACGAGCAGACUUCUGGUGUGACAUCAUGAACUCUGACCUCCACCCUCUGGGCUGGAGCAGACAGCACAGGCAACCAAUGAGACCGCCUGAGGGUGUCCGUGAGAAACAUGCUGACUGGGAAGCUGUCCUAGAGGAGGCUCUGGCUCAGGGAGGGAGUGCACCAGCACACCUACUGGAGGGGGCCCAGACAGGGGGAGACCUGUUCCCCCUGGGGUGGUGUGUGGAGCUGCAGGACAGUGUAGACCCAGGGGUGGCCUGGGGGGCCCAGGUGGAGGACAACAUAGGGGGCCGGCUGUGUCUGCGCUACACUGGGACGGAGGGGCUCACUCAGUCACAGACCAGGCGCUGGGUAUUCUACCUGGACCCCCUCUUACACCCACCUGGCUGGGCUGAGGAAAACAGCUUCUCUCUCACCCCACCUGCUGUGCUUCGUGGUUUGCGCAGCGAGACAGAGUGGGAGGAGGUGAGAAAGAACAUUAGACAGCCUAAAGAAGAAGCCAUCAAUGAAGACUUCUUUAAGGACAGGCCAGUCCUCUCUCCUCACUGCUUCUCUGAGGGGAUGAAGUUAGAGGCAGUGGACCCUGCUGCCCCCUUCAACACCAGCCCAGCUACUGUCACCAAGGUGCUGAGCGACCAGUACUUCAGGGUGCAGAUGGACAGCCUGCAGGGAGACAGUGAAGGGGCGGGGCCUGGCUUAUCCUUACUCUGUCACUAUGGGAGCACCGGAAUCUUCCCUGCCCAAUGGAGCCUUAAAAAUGGGGUACUCCUCAGUCCCCCUCCAGGUUACCAGGGCCAGAACUUUGACUGGGCGGAUUACCUGAAACAGUGUGGAGCGGAAGGAGCGCCAGAGAGCUGUUUCCCCGUGGGGCAGAGUGAUCAUGACUUUGUUGAGUCCAUGAGGCUGGAGGCGGUGAAUCCUGUCUCUCCUGAGCAAGUUCACGUGGCAACCGUAACCAGGGUCAGAGGUCAGCACAUCUGGUUGCAUCUGGAGGGGUUGAAGCAGCCUCUCCCUGACAUUAUCACUCAUGUGGACUCCCUGGACAUCUUUCCAGUCAGUUGGUGUGAGAGUAAUGGCUAUCCCCUCCAACACCCCUACAAACCUAGAGCUCAGAGGAAGAGCCAUGUGACCGUGGUGCAACCAGAGAAGCAAUCUCCACUUAAAGCCACAGCCCCUGAUGCAGCGAGGCAGCAGGAUCUGAACCAAUCGGAGAACGCAGCUCAGGGUAACGGGAAGUACAGCUGCCCAAAGAUCUAUUUCAACCACCGCUGUUUCUCUGGCCCCUACCUGAACAAGGGCCGUAUCGCUGAGCUGCCCCAGAGCAUUGGCCCUGGCAACUGUGUCCUGGUGCUGAAAGAGGUGUUGACUCUGCUGAUCAGCUCGGCCUACAAGCCCAGCCAGGUGCUGAGGGAGCUGCAGCAGGACCCAGAGCUCAGGGGGCACGGCCAGGGAGAGACUCUGAAGGCCAAGUACAAAGGGAAGAGUUACCGGGCCACUGUGGGUAUUGCCCGUACAGCUGACCAGGUGGCUGAGUUCUGCAGGAAGACGUGUGUGAGGCUGGAGUGCUGCCCCAACCUGAUCGCACCUCACAUGGUGCUGGAAGACUGCUCGGAGAACUGCUCCCUUCUCACCAAGACCAAAUACACUCAUUACUAUGGUAAGCAGAAGACCAAGCGAAUCAGCCUUCCCCUUGGUGGUUACACCAACCUGGAGAGCAGCACCAAGCAAGGGAGCAGGAGGAAGAAGAAAAAGCAGAUAUUUGUCCACAAGAAGAAACACCUGUCUACCUCUGUAGACAGCACCCCUGCUGGCUCCCCACUGGCUAGUGGAGAAGAGGAGGACCUGGAUGAGGACUACUCUCUGAGUGAAGAGGACUCUGGCUCCGAGCCGCAGGAUGACUAUGAGGUAUCAGAGAGGAAGUCCCAGCCCCCCUCUCCCUCCCCCUGUCCCACCCCUACAGAACCUCGCCCCCGGGACAGACCCCGUCGCCAGCGCAGGAAACCCGCCCGCUCACCCUCCUACUCAGACGAUGAGAACAGGCCCACCUUACCUAAGAGUGGGCGGGUGGAGGUGCAGGAGAAGCUGCAUCUGGACAGCAGUCCUCUGGGCUGGAGCAUCACUGAUGUGACCCGUUUCAUCAGAACUACUGACUGUGCCCCGCUGGCACGCAUAUUCAGGGACCAGGAGAUAGAUGGCCAGGCCCUGCUGUUGCUGAGCCUGCCCACAGUACAGGAGUGUAUGGGGCUGAAGCUGGGCCCUGCCAUCAAACUGUGCCACCUUAUAGAGAGGGUUAAACUGACCUUUUACCAGCACUUUGCUAGCUGAGGAGUGUGUGUGUGUGUGUGUGUGGUUGGUCUCAAGCUCAUUACUAAGCCAUAUCACAUCCAGCGUUGUUGUAAUGUACAGUAUGUGCUGCUCCAGGAUGGACACAGCUUAUAGCCUCAGCUGUUCACCCUGGAAUGUGACUGGAUUCUGUAUCUUUCAGGGAUUUCAUGUUUACAGUGCCUUCAGAAAGUAUUCACACCCCUUGACUUAUUAUACAUUUUGUUGUUACAGGCUGAAUUCAUAACGGAUUAAAUUGAUUUAUUUUCUCACCCAUUUACACACAAUACCCCAUAAUGACUAAUUUACAUAAGUGUUUUCACCCCUUAGUCAAUGUUAGAAUCACCUUUGGCAGCGAUUACAGCUGUGAGUAUUUCUGGGUAAGUAUCUGGGUAAGUCUAAGGGUUUUCCACACCUAUUGUUCAAUAUUUGUAAAUAUUUUUUUAUUUUAUUCUUUGAGCUCUGUCAGGUUGGUGUUGAUCAUUGCUAGAUAGCCAUUUUCAAGUCUUGCCAUAGGUUUUCAGGCUCAUUUAAGUCAAAAUUGUAACUAGGCCACUCAAGCAUUUAAAGUCAUCUUAGUAAGCAAUUCCAGUGUAUACAGUUGAAGUCGGAAGUUUACAUACACCUUAGCCAAGUACAUUUAAACUCAGUUUUUCACAAUUGCAGACAUUUAAUCCUAGUAACAAUUCCCUGUCUUAGGUUAGUUAGGAUCACCACUUUAUUUUAAGAAUGUGAAAUGUCAGAAUAAUAGUAGAGAGAGUGAUUUAUUUCAGCUUUUAUUUCUUUCAUCACAUUCCCAGGGGGUCAGAAGUUUAUAUACACUCAAUUAGUAUUUGGUAGCAUUGCCUUUAAAUUGUUUAACUUGGGUCAAAUGUUUCGGGUAGUCUUCCACAAGCUUCCCACAAUAAGUUGGGUGAAAUUUGGCCUAUUCCUCCUGACAGAGCUGGUGUAACUGAGUCAGGUUUGUAGGCCUCCUUGCUCUCACACACUUUUUCAGUUCUGCCCACAAAUGUUCUAUGGGAUUGAGGUCAGGGCUUUGUGAUGGCCACUCCAAUACAUUGACUUUGUUGUCCUUAAGCCAUUUUGCCACAACUACACUUGGGGUCAUUGUCCAUUUGGAAGACCCAUUUGCGAUCAAGCUUUAACUUCCUGACUGAUGUCUUGAGAUGUUGCUUCAAUAUAUCCACAUAAUUUUACUCCCUCAUGAUGCCAUCUAUUUUGUGAAGUGCACCAGUCCCUCCUGCAGCAAAGCACCCCCACAACAUGAUGCUGCCACCCCCGUGCUUCACGGUUGGGAUGGUGUUCUUCGGCUUGCAAGCCUCCCCCUUUUUCCUCCAAACAUAACGAUGGUCAUUAUGGCCAAAGAGUUCUAUUUUUGUUUCAUCAGACCAGAUGACAUUUCUCCAAAAAGUAUGAUCUUUGUUCCCAUGUGCAGUUGCAAACUGUAGUCUGGCUUUUUUAUGGCGGUUUUGGAGCAGUGGCUUCUUCCUUGCUGAGCGGUCUUUCAGGUUAUGUCGAUAUAGGACUAAUUUUACUGUGGAUAUAGAAACUUUUGUACCCUUUUCCUCCAGCAUCUUCACAGGGUCCUUUGCUGUUGUUCUGGGAUUGAUUUGCACUUUUCGCACCAAAGUACGUUCAUCUCUAGGAGACAGAACACGUCUCCUUCCUGAGCGAUAUGAUGGCUGUGUGGUCCCAUGGUGUUUAUAUUUGCGUACUAUUGUUUGUACAGAUGAAUGUGAUACCUUCAGGCGUUUGGAAAUUGCUCCCAAUGAGGAACCAGACUUGUGGAUGUCUACAAUGUUUUUUCUGAGGUCUUGGCUGAUUUGUUUUGAUUUUCCCAUGAUGUCAAGCAAAGAGGCACUGAGUUUGAAGGUAGGGCUUGAAAUACAUCCACACGUACACCUUGAAAUACAUCCACAGGUGCACCUCCAAUUGACUCAAAUGAUGUCAAUUAGCCUAUCAGAAGUUUUUAAAGCCAUGACAUCAUUUUCUGUAAUUUUCCAAGCUGUUUAAAGGUCACAGUCAACUGAGUGUAUGUAAACUUCUGACCCACUGGAAUUGUGGUACAGUGAAUUAUAAGUUAAAUAAUCUUAAAUAAUUGUUGGAAAAAUUACUUGUGUCAUGCACAAAGCAGAUGUCCUAACCGACUUGACAAAACUAUAGUUUGCUAACAAGAAAUUUGUGGAGCGGUUUAAAUGAGUUUUAAUGACUCCUACCGAAGUGUAUGUAACCUUCCGACUUCAACUGUAUAUGGUCUUGUGUUUUAGGUUAUUGUCCUGCUGAAAGGUGAAUUUGUCUCCCAGUGUCUGUUGGAUAGCAGACUAAUCCAUGUUUUCCUCUAGGGUUUUGCCUGUGCUUAGCUCAAUUCCAUUUAUUUGUAUCCCUAAAAAUACGUCCUAGUCCUUGCCAAUGACAAACAUACCCAUAACAUGAUGCAGCCACCACUAUGCUUGAAAAUAUGAAGAGUGGUACUCAGUGAUGUGUUGUGUUGGAUUUGACCCAAGCAUAACGCUUUGUAUUCAGAACAGUUAAUUUCUUUGCCAAUAUUUUUGCAGUUUUACUUUCGUGCCUUAUUGCAGACAAGGUGCAUGUUUUGGAGUCUUUUUAUUUUUUCUGUACAGGCUUUCUUCGUUUCACACUGUCAUUUAGGUUAGUAUUGUGGAGUAACUACAAUGUUGUUGAUCCAUCCUCAGUUUUCUCCAAUCACAGCCAUUAAACUGUAACUGUUUUAAAGUCACCAUUGGCCCAUGGUGAAAUCCCUGAGCAGUUUCCUUCCUCUCCGGCAACUGAGUUAGGAAGCACGCCUGUUCCUUUGUAGUGACUGGGUGUAUUGAUACACCAUCCAAAGUGUAAUUAAUAACUUCAACAUGCUCAAAGGGAUAUUCAAUGUCUGCUCUUUUUUAAAUUUUCUUUAAAAAUUUUUUUUACCCAUCUACCAAUAUGUGCCCUUCUUUGUGAGGCAUUGGAAAACCUCCCUGGUUGAAUAUGUUUAAAAUUCACUGCUCAACUGAGGGACCUUCCAGAUAAUUGUAUGUGUGGGGUACAGAGAUGAGGUAGUCUUUCAAAUAUGAUGUUAAACACUUAAUUGCACACAGUGUGAGUCAAUGCAACUUAUUAUGUGUCUUGAUAAGCAAAUGUGUACUCCUGAACUUAUUGAGGCUUGCCAUAACAAAGGGGUUGAAUACUUAAUGGCUCGAGACAUUUCAGCAUAGAAUUUUACAUAUAUAUAUUUUUUUAUUCAAACAUAAUUCCACUCUGAUAUUAUGUGGUAUUGUGUAUAGGCCAGUGACACAUCUAAAUUUAAUCCAUUUUCAUUUUAGGCUGUAACACAAUCAUAAAAAUAUAUGACAUUUAGCAGACUUAGUCAUGCAUACAUUUUACAAACCCACAACCCUGGCGGUGCAAAGCACCAUGCUCUACCAACUGAGCCUUUCAGAACCACAACCCUGGCGGUGCAAAGCACCAUGCUCUACCAACUGAGCCUUACAGAACCACAACCCUGGCGGUGCAAAGCACCAUGCUCUACCAACUGAGCCUUUCAGAACCACAACCCUGGCGGUGCAAAGCACCAUGCUCUACCAACUGAGCCUUUCAGAACCACAACCCUGGCGGUGCAAAGCACCAUGCUCUACCAACUGAGCCUUACAGAGCCACAACCCUGGCGGUGCAAAGCACCAUGCUCUACCAACUGAGCCUUACAGAGCCACAACCCUGGCGGUGCAAAGCACCAUGCUCUACCAACUGAGCCUUACAGAACCACAACCCUGGCGGUGCAAAGCACCAUGCUCUACCAACUGAGCCUUUCAGAACCACAACCCUGGCGGUGCAAAGCACCAUGCUCUACCAACUGAGCCUUACAGAACCACAACCCUGGCGGUGCAAAGCACCAUGCUCUACCAACUGAGCCUUACAGAGCCACAACCCUGGCGGUGCAAAGCACCAUGCUCUACCAACUGAGCCUUUCAGAACCACAACCCUGACGGUGCAAAGCACCAUGCUCUACCAACUGAGCCUUACAGAACCACAACCCUGGCGGUGCAAAGCACCAUGCUCUACCAACUGAGCCUUACAGAGCCACAACCCUGGCGGUGCAAAGCACCAUGCUCUACCAACUGAGCCUUACAGAACCACAACCCUGGCUGUGCAAAGCACCAUGCUCUACCAACUGAGCCUUACAGAACCACAAAGUCAAGGAGUGGUGUUAAUACUUUCUGAAGGCACUGUAUGUGUUUGUUUACCAUUUGUUUGUGUACGAUCAGAUACAUAGUGGAGGGGAAUUGAAAAGCACAAGAUAAUUGUAUGGAGUCAUGAUGGAAUUAUUUUUCAUCCAUCCAUGACUGAGCUAUUCAGGGUAUAAUGAACACCCAAGGUAAAGUAUGUCAACAAAAUACACCUGGAUUCCUGUUUAGGUACUAGUUCACCCCUCAUUGUGAAACAGUAAAAAUAUGAAUAAUGUGAAUAACAAACAGCACCUGAUGUGGGGAGACACAUUUGCACUAUCACAGCUAGGUUUUUACAUUGGUCUACAGGGCUAUGUUAUCAAUUUGACUGACUUCUUCAUGAAUAUAAAUAGCAGCUCAGACGUUUGGGUCUGGUUUCCAACACAGAUUAAGCCUAGUCUAAAAAGCAUGUCCAAAGAAGAUUCUCCAUUGAAAGUUGUUCUUAGUCCAGGAUUAGUCUUCAUCUCUGUGAAAUCGGCCAUUGGAUUGUGAUUCAUUGCAUUUUAAAUGCAUCCUAUUAGAUUCUCAAGGGGUUAGGCUGUUCUUAACCUUUUGUCUUUAUGAUGACUAUGAUGAUUGUCACUUUAGUUGUGUGUAGUAUAGUAAGUCACUCGUUCUGUGGCCAUGGGGUGUACGACAGCAUUAUAAGAUGGUCCUAACAAUUAUUGACAUCUCGGUUCAUACAAAUAUUUUUAUAGAUUGUUGAGGACCUGUCUGUCCUCAUUUUACCUCUUGUAUAUUUGCAGCUUGAUCAAAGUAUAAACGUAUGUUUUUACAGGUAUUUCUAAAGAUUAAAUAUAAACUAUGCUCGAGAAGCUUUCUGUAGAUGGCUUUGAGUAGGCUAAAACAUGUCUUAAUUGUUUUGAUUUAUGUCAUGUUUUUGAGGAUAAUAUGAUACACUAAUGCUAUAUCUAAAAAAUGAACUGUACUGAAGGCAAAGCUGAACAAGUAUUGUUCAAUGUAAAAUUACAUUUUUGUUAGUUCUGCAUAUGGUUCAGGUUGGUUUUGUUGAAAAACAAAAUGUUGUGCCAUAUUUGAGACAUUCCCUGUUAUUUAUGUAUCUGUUUUCAUAUUCCACAUCAGCUUGGUUUUUCAUUCAGGGCUUUCAUUCUCGUUCACUAUAUCGAUUACACUUGAUUUUACAUAACCUGUUGCUCAUGUUGAAUAUAAGUGUUGGCCGUUGAUGUAAACUAAAGGGAUUUCUCAUGAAACAAUCAAAAAUGUAAAUAGUUAUUAUUGGUUUGUGGUUGUUUCCAAUGCGAAUAUGUUUACAGAAUGAUCUUUAUUAAAAGUUAUUGCUUUUGAAACUCAUAAAAUGAUAAACUGAUUUUCUUAUA